AUGCCAGCCUCCGCUCGUAGAAGACGGUUUGACUGGACGGCGGAGCAGAAGGCGCUAAACCGGCGCCCAGACCCGACAGAAAAGGAAGAGGUGCGUGAGGAGGCAAGGGAGGCAAUAACUCUGCACUGGACCGAAGAUCUUGCCUCGGCCACGUACGGGCGCUGGACGCUGGAUGCCGUCGGGCCUGUCCUGAACGGAUGGCUCGAUCGGCGGCAUGGGUGCCUUUCGAUGCGUCUGGUGCAGGUGCUGUCCGGGCAUGGCUGCUUCGGAUCGUACCUGCACCGGAUUGGGAGGGAGGAGACUCCACAGUGUCACCACUGCGAAGCUACGGGGGAUACGGCAGAGCACACAUUUCAGGUGUGCCCAUCGUGGGCUGAACCCCGCCGCGCCCUGAUGGCAGUGGUCGGGAACGAUCUCUCGCUUCCCAGCGUGAUUGCUGCCAUGCUGGCAGGUGAAGAAACAUGGGAAGCGGUAGCCUCCUUCUGUGAAGACAUCAUGUCCCAGAAGGAAGCUGCGGAGCGCAUGCGGGAGAACGAUCCUCUCGCGGUGCCGCUCCGUAGACGAAGAAGGGGCAGAAGACGGCGAAUACAACCUCCGUCCCCAUCCGCCCUGGGGGGUGAUCAGCGGGCAACAGGCGCGGGGGCGCCACCGCCUGCAUCACAAGGAUCAACCCCUGCGCUCCGGUCAUUAUAA